AGUAACAAAGCAACCUGGGCGUGAAAUGUGAAUACAGAAUAUUUCGCGGGCCGAACAUGAAUUCUUCGUCGGGGCCGUCACGGCCGGACCUCCCCGUAGCGCCUAAUCGCGGCAAGUUUCAAUCGGAGACGGAGGGAUUGACUGCUGAGGUUGGUGGAUUGGAAGCUUCAUUACUUCAGAUGGUCAAUGAUCACCAUUACGCUUCUCUCAAGCUCAGGGAAAACUCCGAGAAGGCGAAGAAAGAUGCGAUACAGAAGGCGGUUCGCGUUUCGGAUCUUUUAUUCGAUGCCGUGAAUGGUGGAGUUCAGGAUUCUUUCGUCAAUCAGAAGUUGAUUGAGCUUGAAAUUAGGGCUUUAGCGACUACGAUUGCUCGAUUUACGAAGCAGACCGAUCAAUGGCUCGCCGCCACUCACGCUUUGAACACUGCUGUUAAGGAAAUUGGAGAUUUUGAGAACUGGAUAAAGACCAUCGAUUUUGAUUGUAAAAGCAUCACUACGGCCAUCCAUAACAUUUACCAAGACUGAAAUGCUUGUAUUAAAGAGUCAACCAGAGUGUAUUCAGUAGAGUCGAGAAAAACAUAGAUCCUCCUCAUCCCCUGCUUUAAACUGAAUCUGUGUCCCCAUAUGUGGCUUGCUAAAUUCUUGUGGUAUAAGGUUAUGAAGGGUGCAGCAUGCCCAGAUGGAAACACUUAUAGAAACUAAGAACACCUCAGUCACCUGACAUGUCUGCUACCUCACUAACUGUAUAAAAUAAUUUGUCGACUCUACUUUUUAAGUUCACUGAUUUAUUCCUCAUUAGCACGGUGAAUGUUACCGUUUUGUUCAUUUAUUGCUCAUGUAAACUGCAGUUUUCUUUGUACAACUAUUGGCAGCUGCCAUGUAAUAAUAAUUUCUACAUUCUUUCAA